AUGGAAGGGGCGGCUCUGGCUGGGAUGAGGAGCGUUUCCCAGGUGCCGCGCGCCCCGCUCGCGCCUGAUAUUGGGCUCCCAGGCGGUCACUGCGACUGGCGCGCAGGCGCGGCUGGGCAAGCGAUGUCGGACUGGGAGGAAGAGAGCAACCACGAGUGGAGUUCGAAGCCUUAUGUCGAGUGGCAGCCGCCAGCGCCCAGCCCUGCUCCUGUGCGGCCCCUGGGCCAGAGCCACGGGCUGGGGUCCGGUGACCGGCGGGGAUACCGCGGACAGUAUGGCAGGGGUGGGCAGCGGGUGGAGCGGCUUGGGUCUUGGGAACGAGACGGUGGGGCUGAGUGGUCGGGGUCGUCCGACCCCCUCAGCUUCUACAUAGAGAGCACGGCGGUGGGCACCGUGAUAGGUCGUGGAGGAUCAAAAAUACGUGACUUGGAAGAAGCAUCAGGAUCAAAAAUUCAGAUACUAAAAGGUGAUGUUGAAGUUGAGGUGAAGCUUUUUGGCAGCCAUGAGGCCCAGCUGAAAGCUAAAGAACUGAUUCAGAAUCUAAUUAAGAAGAGAAAUAUAGGUGUGGCAUCAAAGAUUGGCAGUAGGACAGUCACUUCUUCAGUUCCAAGUGGCCGCGCAGACUCAACCCGUCCUAUGAUUAACUGGAGUUCGGUGCGUGAGAACAAGGAAAAAUACAAAGCUAUGAAGUGGGCUGGUCUUCCGCCAAUCAAAAAAAACUUCUAUAUCGAAGCGGAGUCAGUCAUCAAUAUGACACAAACAGAAGUUUCCAAUUGGAGAAAGCAAAAUAACAAUAUAACAUGUGAAGAUGUGACUGAAGGUACAAAGCGACAAAUUCCUAAUCCAGUGUGCACAUUUAUGGAAGCUUUCCAGCAUUAUCCUGAGAUUAUGGCAAGUAUUAAGAGAGUUGGGUUCCAGUACCCUACUCCAAUCCAGUCUCAAGCGUGGCCCAUAAUUUUGAUGGGGAUUGAUCUGAUUGGGAUAGCACAGACUGGAACUGGAAAAACUCUGGCAUAUCUCUUACCUGGGUUCAUCCAUCUGGAUCUACAGCCGAUGCAUCGAGACAAAAAUGAUGGCCCUGGAAUGCUGGUCCUCACACCAACCAGGGAGCUUGCUCUUCAGAUACAGGAAGAGUGCAACAAGUACAGCUACAAAGGGAUUAAGAGUAUUUGUAUUUAUGGAGGGGGAAGCCGUAAAGAUCAGGUUAAGUUCAUUACAAAAGGAGUGGACAUUGUUAUUGCAACUCCCGGGCGGCUGAAUGAUCUUCAGAUGAACAACUGCAUCAAUUUGAAGAGCACAACAUAUUUGGUAUUGGAUGAAGCAGAUCGAAUGCUGGAUAUGGGAUUUGAACCUCAGAUUAUGAAGAUCAUUUUGGAUAUACGACCUGAUAGACAGACAAUUAUGACUAGUGCAACAUGGCCUGAUGGAGUUCGGAGAUUAUCACAAUCCUAUUUAAAGAAUCCAAUGAUGGUUUAUGUAGGAACACUUGAUUUGGCAGCAGUGGAGACAGUGGAGCAAAAUGUAAUGGUUAUCCCUGAAGAAGAGAAAAGAAACUAUGCACUUCACUUCAUCAAAUGCAUGAAACCAGAGGACAAAGUCAUCAUUUUUGUUGGAAAAAAGGUCAUAGCUGAUGACUUAUCAAGUGACUUCAGCCUCCAGGGGAUCCCAGUCCAAUCUCUUCACGGUGAUCGGGAACAGUGUGACCGAGAACAGGCACUCAGUGAUUUCAAAGAAGGCAGAGUUCGGAUUCUUGUUGCAACAGAUCUUGCUUCGCGUGGCCUUGAUGUGCACGAUAUCACGCACGUAUUCAAUUUUGACUUUCCUCGCAAUAUCGAAGAGUACGUGCACAGAAUUGGACGGACUGGCAGAGCAGGACGCAAGGGACAAGCUGUAACACUUGUUACAAGAAGCAACUGGAGAUUUGCUGCUGAGUUGAUUGCAAUUCUGGAACGAUCGAGUCAGCCAGUUCCUGCAGAGUUACUGAUGAUGGCUGAGAGGUACAAACAGGACAGAAUGAAGAAGGAGUACAAACGGGAGAUCGCAGCCUCCUCUAGUGAAAGGCACAGAGACCACAGGCGUGGACGCAAGGACGGGAACAAAAGAAACUAA